GGGAGGCUGGAUGUAAAAAUACCUUGCGACCAAGAGGGGAGGUUGGAGCUGCUGGAGUCAGACGCGCUCAUCCUGAGAAGAAGACGAAGGAGCAGCCGGAGCAGCUCUGGGAGCGGGAUGGCCUGUGCUUUUAGCUGAUCGGAGGGAACCGAGGCUUGUCCAUGGAGAAACUCAAAGGUCCCACCACAGGAUUUACCAAAGCCACCUGUGGAUGGAGAGCCCUUCUUCUGCCGCAGCUGAACAGACAGUCCCUGUACGUGUAUGGCAGCGAGGUGGCUGUGGAGAAGGAGUGCAAGCGUCAGCUGGAGAGCGGAGUUUUUGUCAUUCACCCCUUCAGCCCCAUGAGGAGUUACUACAUCAUGGUCAUGAUGGCCAUCACCUUUCUGAACCUGAUUGGGAUUCCCAUGGAGAUAGCCUUCCUGGACGGUGACAGCGGACUGGCCUGGGAGAGCUUCAAUGUGUUCUCCGACACGUUGUUUCUGAUGGAUGUGGUGCUGAACUUUCGGAUGGGCAUCAUAACGGAGGACGCCGAGGAAGCUAUCCUGGAUAUUAAAAAAAUCAGAGUCAGUUACCUGAGGACAUGGUUCAUACCCGAUGUCAUAGCAGCGUUCCCAAUCGGAUACAUUCUGCUGUUUGCGGACUUGCAUUACCAUAAUGAUGACAAUCCAUCCAAGGCCAACAAAAUGAUGAGGAUACUGAUGUUUGUGCGGAUCCUCAGCUUGAUCCGGCUGGCCCGAGUGUCCAGACUGGUCAGGUUCUUCAACGAAGUGGAGAAGGUGUCAAACGCAAACCUGGAGGUUGUUCGGCUCUUCUUCCGCAUCCUGUCCCUCUUCAUGAUGAUAUUUCUGCUGUGUCACUGGAACGGCUGCAUCCAGUACUUCGUGCCCAUGCUGGAGGAGUUUCCCACAGACUGCUGGGUUCGGAAGGAAAACCUGAUGAACGCCACGGUCAUCGUUAAGUACUCUUGGGGAGUUUUCCGAGCUCUUUCCCAGAUGAUCGCUCUCUCCUAUGGAUCCAUGGACGCUCCAACAAAUUACAUAGAGAUGUGGAUUGUGAUGGUCAGCAUGGUGUCCGGCUGCAUGAUGUACACCAUCCUUGUCGCCAACGCUACAACGAUGAUCGCGAACCUCGACCCAGCAGCCAAGGAAUACAAGAGCAAGAUGAGCCGCUUGGAGCACUAUAUGGCCUUCAUGAAGCUGCCACCUGAGCUGCAGCUUCGCAUCAGCAACUACUACCAGGCCCGAUACGGAGGGAAGUGGUUUGAUGAGAAGUACAUCAUGGACACAAUAUCCUCAUCACUCAAGGAGCAAAUCCUGAUGGUGAUGUGCAGCCAGCUGCUGAAGAAGGUGCCAAUGUUUCAGAACAGAGACGAAAACUUCAUCAACGACAUCCUCCAAAAGCUGCAUUACGAGGUCUUCCAGGAGGGUGACGUCAUCGUUCGUCAGAACGUCCCCGGGGAUCGCAUGUUCUUCAUUGACCACGGAGAGGUUCUGAUGGAGACUGAGUCCUACGACAGGGAGCUCUGCGAUGGAGACUUUUUUGGAGAGACGUGCGUGCUGACCAAAGGCAAGCAUCUGGCCACAGUGAAGGCGCUGACCGACUGCCAGUGCUUCUCUUUGUCCUGGGACGACUUUCAGCAGGCGCUCCGGGGCUUUCCAGACAUCAAGAAGGACUUAGAAAAAAUGAUCCUCGUCAACGCUGAUGGUGGAGUUGUGUAAGAUCAAAAGAGCAGUACUUGAACUGUUUCCUGUAAAGGACUGAAUCUAAUCCUAUGCACUUCCAGGACAUUUUGGACGGCUGCGGCAUGGCCAGUCAAGAGAUUUGCACUUUGAUAAAAAAGUUGAGCACCUUUUAAAUGUGAGAUGGACUAUGUAGAGAUUUCUUGCCCUUCUGAUCCCCCAUUUAUCUGCAGCAAAAAAAAAAAAAAAGACCUCAACAUUUUAGGGCUUGUUCUGCCUGUUAUUUACUGAACUAUUGCAAAAAAA